GAUGUAACCAACCUUUGGGCAUGCAAAAUGGUCGCAUAAAAGCAGCACAAUUAUCCGCCUCCUCCAGUUGGGACGGAAAUCACGUGCCUAACAACGGCAGGCUUCAUCUCCGCCGCGUUGGCCAUCGAGUGGGGGCCUGGUGUGCUCGACAUAACACUCGGUACCAGUGGUUUCAGAUCGAUUUUUACCGCGCUGUAAGACUGGUAAAAAUCGCUACACAAGGAAGACAAGAUGCUGCUCAGUGGGUCACUCAGUAUUAUCUCAGCUACAGUCAAGAUGGCGCACACUUCGCGGAGUUUAAACAUAACAGCAACCGGAAAUACCUCACGGGUAAUAGAGACCAAAACAGCGUGGUACAGCAUCGUUUAUUCCCGCAAAUCAGAGCGCGUUUUCUCCGUGUCCAUCCUUGGGGCUGGUACCGACAUAUCUCUAUGAGAGUGGAGCUGUAUGGGUGUUCUACAGGACGUUGCUCUCUUCCUCUUGGUUUGGAAGACAAACGUAUCACUAAUGGCCUUUUAUCGGCGUCUACAUAUUACAAUCAUCAUCUGUCCCCUUGGCAUGGCCGGUUGAACCACCGCUGGUCAUGGAGCGCAAGGACCAACAACCAUAACCAGUGGUUCCAAGUGAGUUUCGUGGGUGUGGUCAGGGCGACAGGGAUUGGUACCCAGGGAAGACAGGAUGCUAAUCAAUGGGUGACAAAGUAUAUUGUGUCCUACAGUCCUGAUUCAACCCACUUCCGCUUUUACUCUGAAGGGAGGGGAACCAAGGUUUUCACCGGAAACAGCAACAGGCACCCGAUUGUGUACCAUGAUUUUGUUAAACAGUUCAAAGCCGUGUAUGUUCGUAUUUAUCCAAGAAGUUGGUACGGCUGGAUGUCUAUGAGGACCGAGAUAUACGGCUGUUAUGUAUUUUCAUGCAGCAGCCCACUGGUUAGAAAGCUACCGAAUUCCAAGAUCACCGCGUCUUCGGAAUACAACAAAUACCACGCGCCCCGGCUUGUUAGAUUGGGUCAAGUGCGGCAUAGAGGUUACGUGGGAGCCUGGAGCUCAAGACACAACAAUCACAACCAAUGGAUCAAGUUUGACUUCUCUCGACCAAUGAAAAUCACUAAAGUGGACACUCAAGGUCGACAGGACUCUAACCAGUGGGUAACGCGUUAUCUGCUUUCCUCCAGCUUGGAUGGAAUUCACUGGCAGAUUCAUAGGAUUAACAGUCAGGACAAGUACUUUCAAGGAAACCGCGAUCGUAACAGCGUAGUCACGCAAGCUAUAAAUCCACCUAUCUUGGCGCGUUACAUUCGUUUACACCCGAAGGGAUGGAGUGGCCACAUUUCUAUGAGAGUCGAGUUCUAUGGAUGUCGCGCAGAUCCGUGCGAUGUUCCGUUGGGAAUGGAAGACGGUCGAGUCACCAAGGGAAUGCUCACGGCAUCCUCCAUGUAUAACCAUUACUACGGUCCCUGGAGUGCCAGGCUUCAGGCUAGGAACUAUGGCUCACUCCGGGGAGGCUGGAUCGCAAAGUACCGCAACACUCAUCAGUGGCUGCAGAUUGACCUAGGAAUCUUAUCCAGAGUAAAGAGAAUCGCUACUCAGGGUCGGUACGACGCUAAUCAGUGGGUGAAGUCUUAUACAGUGUCUUACAGCAAUAACGGAGCGAGGUUUUAUCCUGUCAAACAGGGAAGGAAUGUCAAGGUAUUCCAAGGCAACAUCGAAAGAAAUCAUGUUGUCUUCCAUAAAUUCAGGCCUUCAUUGAAAACGCGUUACGUUCGCGUACAUCCCAAGUCAUGGUACAGCUACAUUUCUAUGAGAGUAGAGUUAUAUGGUUGUAGGCUCGGCCCACUAUGCAACCGACCAAUGGGAUUACAGUCUGGCCGCAUUAAAAAUCACAUGAUGUCAGCCUCAUCUUAUUGGGAUGUGAACCACGCUGCUCACUUUGGUCGGCUUCACCACCGCCGCCGCGGUCGUUUCAUCGGGGCUUGGUCCUCAAAAUACAACAAUCGGUACCAGUUCCUGCAGGUCGACUUUGGCGGAGCGUCUAAAAUAAUUCGAAUUGCGACCCAGGGACGACAUGACGCAAACCAGUGGGUGACGCAAUACUAUGUAUCACACAGUUUAACCCGAAUCCACUUCUCAGAGUAUAAAGAACGAAACUCCCGAAAGUAUUUCUCUGGUAAUCACGACCGGAACACAGUAAGGUUACACUCAUUUAUUCCUGCCAUUCGAGGACGGUACAUCCGGGUACAUCCUUGGGGAUGGCACGCUCAUGUCUCUAUGAGAUUAGAAUUCUACGGAUGUCGCAUUGAUCGUUUCACCAUGCCUCUUGGUAUGGAAGAUCGUCGUAUUCUGUCGGGUCAUCUUCGGGCCUCGUCGUCUUACAACUACAACCACGGACCUGACCGAUCGCGUCUAAACAUCGUCAACGGUCGUGGACGAACAGGAGCCUGGGUCGCCAGGCAUCGUAACUAUAAUCAGUGGCUACAGAUUGACCUCAGGGAAAUGACUUUUGUGAAAGGAAUCGCUACACAAGGAAGGAGAGAAGCUCAUCAAUGGGUGACAAAGUAUCAGAUAUCCUAUAGUCGAUUCGGAGCGCGAUUCAUCUCUUACGUAUCUUUCGGGCGCGUUAAGAUGUUCCGAGGUAACUACGACAUUUAUCACACAGUGGCCCAGAAGAUACUUCCCGCUAUCAAAGCACGCUACAUCAGGAUCCAUCCUAAGGGAUGGCGUUCAUACAUCGCCAUGAGGGUCGAACUUUAUGGAGGACGAUUAAGAGAAAACUUCUGCGAUGCGCCAGUAGGUCUUCAAUCCGGUCGUAUAAAAAACAGCCAAAUCACAGCUUCCUCUCAGUGGAAUAAGCAUCACGCGCCCUGGCUUGCUCGUCUGCACCGAGCCAAAAGGGGGCCUUACAUUGGAUCCUGGUCUUCCCGACAUAACAACCACAAUCAGUGGCUACAAAUCGACUUUAGAAGGGCAAUGAAGAUCACUGGUAUUGCCACUCAAGGUCGACAGGACGCUGUCCAAUGGGUGACCGCGUACUAUAUCUACUAUGGUUACGAUGGUGUGUACUUUUCUCAAGUGAAAUAUUGGUGGAGUUAUGCACCAAGGACUUUCCAAGGCAACCGAGAUCAGCUGUCUGUACAAACACACCCUAUAAACCCAGCUAUUUACGGCAGAUACGUGCGAAUCAUACCACGAGGCUGGAGAUCACAUAUUUCAAUGAGGCUAGAGCUUUAUGGAAGUCCUUGGAAUCGUUGUGAUAUGCCACUUGGUAUCGAAGAUAAGCGCGUCCACGACAAAAUGAUGCGCGCUUCUUCGCACGCCAGCUACUACUGUAGACCAGGAAGUGGACGGCUGAACGGCCGCCGAUAUGGUCGAUACGGAGGGGCCUGGUGCGCAAAGAGACGAGACAGGCGCCAGUGGCUUCAGGUGGAUUUUGGUGCAUAUACCAGAGUGUCUCGUAUUGCUACGCAAGGAAGACAGAACUCCGCUCAAUGGGUGAAAUCGUACUCUCUUUCAUACAGCAAGAAUGGAUACGCAUAUGUACCUUACAGAGUGGGAGGUCGAACAAAGGUUAGUGAAAGAAUAUUCAAAAGAAUAACAUCCACUACCCACUCAAGACUUAGGCUUCUAGCUCUUCUGUCUUAUGUGCCCACAGCUCUUGCCCAGGAGCCGGUUGUUCAAGGGUGGUGCUAG